GAUCGAAGUUGAUCGAGGGACCCCAUUACUGGUAUGGUGGUGAGAUCUUUUGCGCUCGCGACCGUUAUCUCGGAGGAGCAAGUGUGCUAUCGAGAGCUUUUCGUUGGUUGUAGCGUGGGGUUUGGUGUUGCUGUGAUUAUCUUCCUUAGUCGCAUGUACGGAAGGGGUCGGGGAAAGAAGCCCGGACGGCGGGGCAAGUGGUCUGGCGAGAACCGCUACUGGAUGGAAGGGAGCGGGAGUAAUGGUUACAAUCAACCAGUGGGGAAUGCUGCGCCGGCUUAUCCUGGCAGUAAUCCGCCUCCGCCUAGUAUUGCCGCUGCUCAGCCAUAUCCGUUUUCAGGAGGGCAGGCACCUGCGCCUCCUCCCGGCGUUUCGCUACCAUAUCCGAAUGGACAGUGGGGUGUUAAUCCCUGGUUGCACGCUGGACAUUGGCCGGCACAUAUACCUUGGGUUACACACCCAAUGGCAGCCACGGCUCCGACCUUACCUGCAGGUGUUCCGUCGGCUAUACCCCCCGGAGUAGCACCAACGAUCCCGCCUGCUAUUGCUAAUCCUAUUACUGCACCUCCUCCUCCUCCUCCUCCCCCUCCUCCCCCUCCUCCACCACCUCCUCAGUAUUCACACCCCGGUAAUCAACCGGUGGCGCACGGUGGAAACUCUUCUGGCAGUGGGAAAGGCCAUUCCGCGAAUGCGUUUCCAGGACCUGGAAACCGAGCCUACUUCACCAAAGAAUACAUGGACAUCCUCGAAGGGAUCAAGAUGAACAAGGCAUUGGAGGAGGCUAAGAAGAAGAUCGGUGGUUCCAAACGAAGCGGUGGGAAGGCUAUUGAGCUCCCAGAGGAGAACAGCAGGACAGAGUCAAGACCUGCUGAUAAGUCCGAUGAAAUGGAGGCUUGGGUAACAACCACCCUCGACGACUCUUUGAAGCUCGUAACCGAGAAGUUGGAAGUUGUAGAUUCGAAGGCGAAACUGACGUCGGCGAAGAAGGAGGAAUUAGAGCAACUUCGAAAGGAGAAGCUCGUCGAGAAGGGGAGUAAGGAUAGUAAGGAUGUGUCAAGCAGCGAGAAGAGGAAGCGGAUCAGCGUACGAACUCCGCUUGUGAACUCACCUUCCGGUGCUCGUGCUAAGUCCCGUUCUCGGGGUAGCAUGAAGACUCGGCCGAAACGCAUCGAUGUCUCAUCCGAUGAGGAGGGAACCGGCGGGGUGAAACAGAACCUCCAAGUCAAGAUGGAGAACAACAGUGAGCUGUCCGAUAUCAAACGCAUGCUGGCUGCCCUUAUGCAGGGGUUGGGUGAUGACAAAGGGAACGCUAAAGUGGUCGAACCCACAAGUAAUAUACCCGAUGUCACUGUCGAUGACACGGAAGAUGUGGACACUAUUCAGAACGCGUCGAAUGCCGAGGACGAGGAGGAAGAAGAUGAAGGGGGCCUCGCAACUUACAUGAAAAUUCGGAGUGACUUCUACAGUUCACUGCAUUACACACGGGUGCAUGAGCUGUGCCAAGAGAAAAACAUCCAAUAUUUCCGCAAGGAAAUGGGUGCCUGGGAGCUUGCAAGACGGGAUCUGCAGGACUACGCCGAUCUCCUGAAGGAAGAGAAGGGCGGGAAGAAAGGCGAAUCGUCCAAGCAGCCUGACGACACCGACGACGAGCCUGGAAAGUCAUCUGAUGUGCUCCCCAUCAGGGGAAACUAGGCUGCUACAGUUUGAGGUCCCUGCUACGGGCCACGAAGCGGAUCACCGAUCUUAAGCAUCACGCUGA